CUUCUCUGCCAUCCCUAGUUUACAACGCAAAAACCUUCUUCUUCUUUCUUUCUCUCUUCAAACCUUCUCUGUGAAUUUUCCCGAGAAAAUUCUCACUUUCCCGAGAAAAUUCUUCAUCAGCUCGGUUGGGUUUGAAUUUCAUUCUCGCUGAAUACUUGGUAAUGGUGUGUUCGGGUUCGAAGGAAUUAGAACGACGAACCAUGGCGAUGGGACCCGAGAGAUCGAAGCUUCUUCACAAUUUCGCGUUGCCGUGUUCGUGGGGGGCUCACCGCACGCUCCGCUGCAUGAAGCUCGACGGGGAUCAUCACCGAUCGCCGCCGCCGCCGUCCAAGGGGGAACCGGAGAGUAAUGUCAGGGACUCGUCGGAGAAGAGGCGGAGGAUGAUGGGGCCGCGAAUUCGCGGCGGUGACGACGAGAUCGGCGCGGUGAGGGAGAAGCUGAUGCUUGAUCUGAAGACUGAGGCUGAUAGGAUGAAGGAUGCGAUUUUCAGGAAGGAGGUGGCGGCGGCUGAUGGAGAGAGGCCGUGGAAUCUGAGGACGAGGCGCGCUGCUUGUAAGGCUCCGGCGGCGGGUGCCGGAGAAAGUGGGAAGGGGUUGAGGAUUGAGGAGAAGCCGGCGAUGAGGACUCCUAACGGCGGCGCCGUGAAGUCUCCAAAAUUGAGGAAGAUGAAGUUUUCGCUGGGGUUGUCGAAGGAGGAGAUUGAGGAAGAUUUCAUGAAGUUGUUGGGUCACCGGCCUCCGAGGAGACCCAAGAAGAGGCCAAGGAAUGUGCAGAAGCAUGUGGAAAGCAUUUUCCCUGGUUCAUGGUUGCCGAAGGAGGUUACAGCUGAUUCCUACAAGAUUGAAACUCCUGAAGAUGCCAAGAGAUAGCAUUGAGAUUGGCAACUUUGAAGGCACGAUUUGGCAUCUGGGUGGGUCUGUUGAUGAUGAUGAUUGAGUGCCAGUGCCCUUUUGUUGCUUUCAAUGCUAUUUUUGAUUUCAUAGGUAUACAUAGACAUAGUUCAUUCUUUUGUUUAUAUGAAUAAUUCUCUGAAGAGAGAUCAUUGAAGGGAACAUUGCAGUUUAUACUCUGGUUUUGAAAGCUAUGUAGUUUCAAGGAUGAAGCUUUCAUAUGGCAAUUUUAAACUUUCAAUUUCAAUUACUACAUUAUGGCAA